CAUGGAUUACACUCAUCCUGAGGUCUGAAGCCUCAAGUCGUGCGGAGUCCGUGUGCUGAUCAUCUACCCUGCACUGCACAGAUCAGCGCUCCCCACCUCCAUACGGUGCCUGCUGUAGGUUUGCCUCCUGACUCUCAGUAUGAUUGCUGCUGCCUUCCUGGUGUUGCUGAAACCCUACAGCAUCCAAUGUGCUCUCAUCUUGCUGCUGUUAAUGCUGGGGACCAUAGCCACCAUCUCCUUCCUGUUCUGCUGGCACCGUAAUCUCCAAAAAGGCAGACAUCCCAUCAAGACGGUGUUUGGUGGCCGAACGAGGAGCAGAGAUGCCUUCCUGAGAUCUCAUCACUUUCGCUCAGAGGGAUUCAGGCCCAGCCCUCGUCAUUUAAGGAGGUAUACUCGGACUCGCAUUGAGGAAUCAAAGCCUCUUGUCGAGGUAAAGCAGAGUGACCAAGAGACUCCGUCACCUUUAAGACGAAGAAGAAUCAAGAAAAGUAGUCGGGUGCAGCCAGAAUUUUAUCAGACGGUCCAAGAGACACCAACUCGAAAACCGAGCUCGGGCACAGCGUCCUACAGAUGCUCCAUGUCUUCCUCGGCUGAUUUCUCGGAUGAUGAUGACUAUAGUCAGAGGUCUGGAUCGGCUUCCCCUGCUCCCGGGGACACCCUGCCCUGGAACCUACCUAGACACGAGAGGUGUAAGAGGAAGACCUCGGGGGCAGCAGUGCUGGACCCAGCAGAGAGGGCAGUACUCAGGAUAGCCGAUGAAAGAGACAAAGUGCAAAAGAAGACAUUUACAAAAUGGAUCAAUCAGCACUUAAUGAAGGUACGAAAACAUGUCGGCGACCUAUAUGAAGAUUUGCGGGAUGGGCAUAACUUGAUCUCCCUCCUAGAAGUACUGUCUGGAGACACCCUGCGGAGGGAGCGAGAUUUUUUGAAGACCUUACGGUUGCCCCGUGAAAAAGGCAGAAUGCGCUUUCAUAGACUACAGAAUGUACAAAUUGCACUUGACUAUUUGAAAAAAAGACAGGUGAAACUAGUAAAUAUCAGAAAUGAUGACAUAACAGAUGGGAAUCCCAAGUUGACUUUGGGUUUGAUAUGGACCAUCAUACUGCACUUUCAGAUUUCUGACAUCCAUGUUACCGGAGAGUCAGAGGAUAUGUCUGCCAAAGAGAAGUUGCUCCUUUGGACACAACAGAAUACAGAAGGAUAUGGCGGAAUACGCUGUGAAAACUUCACCACCUGUUGGAGAGAUGGCCGGUUAUUUAAUGCCAUCAUUCAUCGAUACAGGCCGGACCUGAUUGACAUGGAUACUGUUGCUGUUCAAAGCAACAUUACAAACUUAGAAAAUGCAUUUUAUGUAGCUGAGAAGCUGGGUGUCACAAGGCUUCUUGAUCCUGAAGAUGUUGACGUUUCUUCACCAGAUGAGAAGUCAGUAAUAACGUAUGUUGCAUCAAUGUAUGAUGCAUUUCCAAAGACGCCAGACGGUGGAGAAGGAAUUAGUGCAAGUGACGUGGAAGUGAAGUGGAUAGAAUACCAGAAUAUGGUUAACUACCUCAUCCAGUGGAUCAGGCACCAUGUUGGCCUAAUGUCUGAGAGGAAUUUCCCUAAUAAUGCUGUAGAGCUUAAGGCACUUUAUCAACAAUACUUGCAAUUCAAAGAGAAGGAAAUCCCACCAAAGGAGACACAAAAAGCUAAAAUUAAGCAUCUGUACUCAUUGCUAGAGGCUUGGAUUGAGUUUGGACGUAUCAAGCUCUGCCAGGGAUAUCAUCCAAACGAUAUAGAAAAAGAAUGGGGAAAGCUGAUUAUCGCCAUGUUUGAAAGGGAGAAGGCGAUAAGGCCAGAAAUUGAACGGCUGGAAAUGCUGCAGCAGAUAGCAAACCGAGUGCAGAGGGACAGCAUGGGAUGUGAAGACAAGCUGAUCCUUGCACGCAAUGCACUGCAGGCUGAUGCCAAAAGGAUGGAAUCUGGGAUCCAACUUCAGCAUGAAACAGAGGUCGCGGGCUACCUGAUCGAGUGCGAGAACCUACUGCGGCAGCAGCUUCUUGAUGUGCAGACGCUGGUAGACGGGAAAUACUAUCAAGCAGACCACCUGGUACAGAGAGUGGCUUCACUGCGCGACGAGCUCCUGGCCAUAAGAAAUGAAUACACAUCGAUAUACAGCAAAGGACGGAUGCUUACUUCUGACCAGGCAAAUCUUAUGAUAUCAGGAAUAUCACAAAGUCUGAACUCAGGAUUUUCACAGAGUUUGAACCCUGCAAUGAGCUCCACAAUGAACUCUAGCCUUUCUCACACUAUGGCACCUUCUAUGUCGCCGACAAGCCUGACACCGGGUCUUCCGUCAAGCUUAACUCCAGCUAUUUCUCACGGCUUUAACUCACAGUUGGCUCAGCCUAUGUCUCCAGUUAUGACUCCAAGCUUUGCACCAAACUUUAAUCCAGGUUUAAUCCAGAACUAUGCAACCGGGAUGAAUACAAACCCUUUACAGUCACUAAAGCUUGUGCCCGUCAAAAGACCCAUAUUAAAAUCUUCCUUUGCUGAUCAAAACUUACCAGAAGAAGAAGCAAAUUUAAGAUUUGUUCAGGACCUCUUGAACUGGGUAGAAGAAAUGCAGGUUCAACUUGAUCAGGCAGAAUGGGGUUCAGACCUGUCCACUAUCGAAAGCCAUUUAGAGAUUCACAGAAAUUUCCAAGGGGCUGUUGAGGAGUUUGAAGCCAGUUUCAAGGAGGCAAAAACGAGCGAGGUAUAAAUGUCCGGCAGUCUUAAAAGCAGCUACUCUGAGACUAUGCAGAAACUUGAGAGUCAGUACUUGAAACUCGUGAAUUUAUCGAAAAACCGGCAAAGGAACCUGGACUCUCUUCACAGUUUUGUGGCCAAGGCCACAAGGGAACUUAUAUGGCUGAACGAAAAAGAAGAAGAGGAGGUGGCAUAUGACUGGAGUGAAAGAAACCAGAACAUCUCUGCCAAGAAGGACUAUCAUGCAGACCUAAUGAGAGAACUUGAUCAAAAAGAGGAGAACAUCAAGUUGGUGCAGGACAUGGCAGAGCAGAUGUUGCUUCAGAAUCAUCCCGCAAGGUCAACUAUCGAGGCCUACAAAGCUGCCAUGCAGACGCAGUGGAACUGGAUUUUGCAGCUUUGUCACUGCGUAGAGCAGCAUAUGCGCCAGAACGCUGCCUAUUUUGAGUACUUCAAUGACACCAAAGAAGCCACAGAUUAUCUGAAGAGUCUGAAAGAUGCCAUUCUAAGAAAGUACAGCUGUGACAAGUCUACUAGUCUCCACAAGUUGGAGGACUUGGUCCAGGAGUCUAUGGAAGAAAAGGAGGAGCUUUUGCAGUACAAGGGCACGGUUGCCAGUUUAGUUGGAAAAGCAAAGUCAAUAGUCCAGCUGAAACCACGGAACCCUGAGAAUCCACUUAAAGCGUCUAUCCCUAUCAGAGCUAUAUGUGACUACAGACAAAUCGAGAUCACAAUUUACAAAGAUGAUGAAUGUAUAUUAGCAAGUAACUCACACCGUGCGAAAUGGAAGGUGAUCAGCCCGACCGGCAAUGAAGCUAUGGUCCCUGCUGUAUGUUUUACAGUACCACCGCCAAAUAAAGAGGCUGUUGAUGCAGCAAACCGGAUUGAACAGCUGUAUCAGAGUGUGCUAGCGCUAUGGCAUGAAUCCCAUGUAAAUAUGAAGAGCAUCGUGUCCUGGCAUUACCUAGUGAAUGAAAUCGAAGCAAUCCGGGCCAGCAAGGUUUCCUCUAUUAAAACCCUUCUUCCAGGGGAACACCAACAGAUUCUAAGCAAUCUAAAGGCCCGUUUUGAUGAAUUCCUUGACGACAGUCAAGAAUCUAAGAUGUUCACAGUGUCUGACAUAGGCCAGCUUGAGAGGGAGGUCAAUGUCUGCAAAUUGUACUACGAGGAACUUCUAAAAUCUGCAGAAAGAGAGGAGCAAGAAGAAUCAAUUUACAAUCUGUACGUGUCUGACGUUCGUAACUUCCGCCUCCGACUGGAGAAUUGUGAAGAGCGUCUAAUAAGGCAAAUCAGGACUCCAUUAGACAGAGAUGACAUCCAUGAAAGUGUGUUAAGAAUUUCUGAACAGGAGAAACUCAAGAAGGAAUUGGAUCACCUUAAAGUAGAUUUGUCAACAAUCUCUGAGAAGUGCGAAGAAUUCUUCAGUCAAGCUGCUGCCACUCCAUCAGUCGAGACACUCCGUGCCGAGCUUAAUUUAGUCAUUCAAAAUAUGAACCAAGUCUACUCCAUGUCAUCUAUAUAUUUGGAAAAAUUAAAGACCAUAAACCUUGUGCUGAAGAAUACUCAAGAAGCGGAAUCCCUGGUGAAACUGUACGAAACAAACCUAUGUGAAGAAGAUGCUGUUACAGCAGACAGAAACAGUAUUGAAAGAGUGGUAUCCACGCUGAAGCAAUGGCGAUCUGAAGUGGAUGAGAAACGAGAAGUAUUUCACGCCCUGGAAGAUGAAUUGCAGAAAGCCAAGGCCAUCAGUGAACAGAUGUUCAAAACGCACAAGGAGCGUGAUCUUGACUUCGAUUGGCAUAAAGAGAAAGCAGACCAGAUUGGAGAGAGAUGGCAGAACGUGCACUCCCAGAUUGAAAACAGAUUACGCGAUCUGGGUGGCAUUGCCAAGUCUUUGAAGUACUACAGAGAAUCGUACUUGGCACUGGACUCUUGGAUUAGACAAACAGAGGAAACGCAAAGUACGCUACAAGGGAACCUGCCCGAUAAUAGCAAGGCACUGUCAAAACAACUGGAUCAGCUGAAGAUGCUAAUUUCUGAAAUUGAAAUGAAGCAGAGCAAGAUGGAUGAGUGCCAGAAGUAUUCAGAACAAUAUUCCUCUGCAAUUAAGGACUAUGAGUUACAGUUAAUGACAUACAGAGCAUUAGUGGACUCCCACCAAAAGUCCCCUAUGAAGCGUAGGAGGAUCCAGAGCUCUUCAGAUGUUGUUAUACAAGAGUAUAUGGAUUUAAAAACUCGAUAUACUGCCUUGAUGACCUUGAUGACUCAGUUUGUCAAGUUUUCUGGAGAUACCUUUAAGAGAAUGGAGGAAGAGGAGAAGUCAAUGGAAGAGGAAAAGAAGGAACAUAUAAAGAAAGCAGGGGAGAUUCUGAAUUGGGUGUCUAAAGUCAGUAAAACUCUGAGCCGAGAAGAAGGUCAACAAAGUGCAGAAAAGACACCUUUGUCUAAGUCACAGAUUUCCAGUGAGGAAAUACUCAGCAAACAAGAAGAAAUUACAGAUGCUUUGCAGACAUUGCAGUUGCUUGUAGCUAAGCAUGGUGACAGAAUGACAGAAGAAGAGCGAGGAGAAAUUGAGAGACAAAUAAAAAGACUACAAGACAGUCAUGGCCUUUUAUCCAGAGAGUAUGAAAGACAACAGCAAGAAGCCAAGGAUUUAGUAGAUAAACUAGUGGAACAGAAGGUGGAUAAAGUUAUAUCUGGAACCAUUGAUGAAGUCACUGGAACAGUUCAGUCUCUGUACCAAUCUAUAAUGGAAGGUCUUGUUGAUUAUGAGACAGGAAUUAAUCUACUUGAGGCUCAGUUAGUAGUAUCAGGACUAGUCUCUCCACAUUUGAAGAUGUGUUUUGAAAUUGAAGAAGCCAAGAAUCACUCACUUAUUGAUGAGCAAAUGGGGUUGCGGCUCAAGGAGUUAUCAGAUGCUAAAACAACUAUCUCAUCCCUCUCGUCAGCAGAGUUUCCCAUAACCGCAGCAUUGGAACAAGAGUUAAUUUCAGAACACAUGGCAAUAAAAAUUUUUGACAUGUCCUUGUCCUGUGGAUGUCUCUGUAUGUCUGCCAGUGGAGAGUCUCUUAACUUAAAUAAACUCCUCCAGAGAAACUUAAUUUCCACGUUGCUAUUUUCAAGAAUCAUUGAGAGACAGAAAUUAGGCAGAGAUCUCCUUGAUCCCAUAACAGCAGAGAAGGUUACAUUAGGAGAACUUCUCCAGAGAGCUAUUAUAGACAAACAAACCGGAAUGAGGUUUUUAACUGUCAAUACACAAGAAAAGGGAAAAAUCUUAUUAAAAUCUGGAAGAAGGAUAAGUGUUCUGAGAGCAGCUCAUGAAGGGGUUUUAGAGCGAGAGGUCAUGUUUAGACUGCUAGGAGCACAGAUAUUUUCUGGGGGAAUAAUCGAUCCAGAUACUGGAAACAGAUUGACACUGGAGGAAUCACUAGAGCAGGGCAUCAUUGAUCAAGCCGCAGUUUGCGGUAUAUUGACCCAGCAAGUUCAAAAUGGAGGAAUUAUCUGUCCAUCCACAGGGAAAUACUUAACUGUGGACGAAGCUGUUCAGUGCAACUUAAUUUCAUACAGUAGUGCAUUGUUAGUCCUUGAGGCGCAAAGAGGUUUCAUCGGCCUGAUAUGGCCGGACAGUAGUGAAAUAUUUCCAAUAUCAACAUCUUUGCAGCAAGGAAUGAUUUCUAAUGAAUUAGCCCAAAAAAUCCUAAACAACAGGCAGAAGAUUGCUGGGAUAUAUAUUCCGGAAACCUCCGAGAUUUUAAGCCUGGACUCAGCUGUUCAGAUGCAUGUAAUAGAAAGUACUACAGCAUCUGUCCUCAGCAUCUUGCAGUUAGAUGACAAAAUGCCAAACAUAGAACAGUUGGAACCAAUGGGGAAGCAGGCCUUAAAAUGUAUGUCUUCACAAGAUUCCCAUAUAACUGGCCUUAGUGACUUUUCAGAUGACAAAUGUUUGGAUUCAGAGGAGGUCCUGGCUCAUAACCCAGAACACACUAAACAAUUAUUCCUUUCAUAUGUCAUGAUAAACAGCUAUAUAGAUGCAAAUACAGGAGAACGACUUUUGCUUUUUGAUGGGGAUCUCGAUGAAGCUGCUAGCAUGUUGCUUGAGUCUGAGCACAUAGUAAGAACAUCGAAUGGUGAAAAAGCAUGUGACAUUGAAUACUCCGACAGAACUUCAGUGAGUUUGACUCAAGUUAAAGAGACGGACUCUCAGCCUACCGAUCAUCAUUUAGCAGCUGAAAAACUGCUUGGUGAACAAAAUAAUAUUGGAGUAGAACAAAUGGGUGAAAUGAUUCCUUCUACAACGGACAUUAAUGUGAUCAAUAGAACCACAGAAAAUUCAGAUGAUAAAUUAAAUGGUAGUAGCAGUAAAGCAGAUGUACAGUCUUGUUUGGAAACUUCUGAAGCUUUAGCAUGCUGUGAUCAAGAAACAGAAACAGCACAACCCGAAUUACCUAAAGAAGAAUCUAUGUAUAAAACAGAUAGCCAGCAAAUAGAAAAUGCAAAAAAAGACCUGUAUAAUUUUGAAGAUGCUCAUAUAUCUUCUACACCUGCCUCCGGAAUUGUGAUGUCUUCUCAUGCAACAGAAGAAAACCAGUACCAGUCUGAAGAUAAAUGCAGUACAACCAAUGAUGGUUGUAAGGUAGCAGAUAUAGUGGCAAUUAUUAAUGGGAGUAGUGCUGUUGCUGUACAUGAUCUGCCUGUAGAAGGAAAUGGUGAAUAUGCAGCCCAGCAUUCAUCAAUCAAAGAUGAAAAAUCAAUGUCUAACAUUGAUCCUUCUGUGGAAACUACAGAAGAUCAAAUCAAUGUUUCACCUAAUGCUUCUAACGGUGAUAAUGUAGGACACACUCUGCAAAUGCCUAGUACUGAUGUCAUUGAAGAUGUUUCCAGAGGUAGUCUUCUAACACACCAGCAUGAAGACUCUAACAGCAAUAAUUCCAGUACUCCAACUGACCUAAAACAUGUUCUAAUUAAACAUUACAGCAGUGGCCUGCUUUACCCUGAACUAGAUGAUCAGAAUAACAGUGUAUUUGAGUCUGCAUUUGACAGAGAUCAUUGUAGAGGGUCCCCUAUUGAAUUAGGUUCAACUUACCAUGACGAUCUCCAAAGCAGUAGUGAUUAUGAUGUGUCUGAAGAUGACAGUGAUGAUGAUUUUAUUGGUGUUUGUCAACCUACUAGUGUAUGUGAGAGAAUGCCAGUGAAUGGAGACACAAGGCUUGCAGACAGGACAGAUACCAGCUCUGAUGAAGACAUCUACUUUAGCAGUGACGCUGAAAAUGUGGACAUACUACAUGAAAGGCAGUUUCUGGAGACCAUUAUUGAAGAAGACUCAGAAAGUACCAGUUGCUCAGAGGACCUACCUUUUCCUUUUAAAAGUGGAAGAGGAGUCAAUGAAUGUGUGUCUGAUUCAGGAGCUUACGAAGGAGAGAGCAAUAAGUCUGAAGCGACCAACAACACAGUAUUUUAUAACCUGACCGAUGAGGAGAAUGACUAUGACUUUGCUGAAAGCUGUUUUAGUGAAACAGACAUUGAAUGUUUUGUUACGGAUGAGACCAAUAGUGAAGUUGAGUCUCAGGUAGAAGAACUUGCAGAUGAACAUAUUCAGGAUUAUAAAACUAAAGACAAUACGUGUUUGAUUGGUAUUUUGGAAGAUGAUGAAAACAACCAUGCAAAUAAAAGAGAUGACUGCAAUCCAAAACCUGCAGACCUUUGCUAUUCAGAACUAACAGGUGAUUCACAAAAUGAACAAAAAGUGGAAUGUAGCAGCAUCACUAGCAGCACAACAAAAAUGCAGGAUAAUAUUGGCCAAAAAAACGAGGACACAAACUGUGUUAGCCAAGAUCUUCAUGAGGACUUUCAAAAAGAGAGGUACCCCGACACAGAAGAUUCUAGCAGAGCAAGUAAGACCAUCACUGACCAGGUUUUACCAAACAGAGAUACAUUUUGUGAAGCAGAGAAAGACAUUGGCCACCCUUUCAGUUUAACAAAUGAAAAUACAUCAGAAAUGACCGUUCACAACACCAUAGAUUGCAAAGAUUCAGAAAAUAUUAAAGGCAUGGAUGAUAAACAUGCUGAUGGGCGUCUCACUGUAAUAGAAAAUCCCACCACCCUUAUUAGAGAAACCAAUGAAAUGUGCAGCAUUACUGGGGAUCUGGAAGAACCUGAAGAGGUAUCUGAGGAUAGACAAACCAACACACAAGUCUUAUCCAAAAGUCCAAUUCAUAUAGACAGCCUGUGUACAAUAUUUGAUUCUACCAGCAAUAAACAUUGUUUCAAUCAGGUGGAGUCAAGUACCGCCACAGUUGAUUCUGGGUCCAUGUUAGCUUGUGAAGCAAUAGAUUUAGGUAUUAAAAGUGAAAAUGGAAUUGGAGAUUUAACAGGUUACCUAAAGGGAUGCGCAGUAAUGGUCCAAACAAAUCUAAAAUCUGAACAUUCUUGCUGUUCGGAAAAAAAUGAUAACCCCUUACUUGACCAAAAUUCUAAGCAGGAUGCUGGAGUUUAUAAAAAUGAAAAACUGUCCACGUCUUUCAGCUCUAUUCCUUCUGUGAAAAACAUGAAAACAGCAAUACCCUUGAGCAUGGAUGCGAUGACACUCUCUAAUUGCCGUCCAGGUAAUUCCCAAAGUGAUGUGAAACAUGCUGUGGUUGAUGGAAUCCGUAGUUUUGAUGAUUGCAAGACUGAAGUAAGUGAAGAUAACGUUAAGUCACCAACCCAGCUGGACUUAAAAUUGUCAAGUCAUCAAUUAUUUUCACAUCAUAACGCCAAAAGUGAGAGAGGAUUAAAGGCUCAUGCCGUGAAUAUGGAUAACGGUGGGCAAAAGGGUGAUAUUUUUGCAAUAAAUAGUUUAGACCCCCAAGGAAAUAUUUUGCAGGUGCAGGAUGAUAGGAGCAAUCAUGUCUCCGAGCUCAUUUGUAAACAGCCAUAUGAAGAAGUAGGGACUCAUAGCCAAGAGACCUUGCUUUUACCCAGCAAUGAGAAGCCUGAAACACAAGUUGAUAUCAAUCAAAAAACUGUGGAAGAGACUGCUGAUGGUAGCCUUGGAGAACAACAAGUCCUGUUGCCUAAUCAGCCCAAGUUAAUUUCUUCACAACUUGAGCAAAUCUUUCAUAUUCCUCCUGAUUCUGGAACCUCUAACAAGUUUGAAGAACUCAUAAUAAACCUAAACAAGGGUCUUUUUUCGAGCGAUAUGAUCAGUUUUUCAUCCAAAUCAGGAAACAUAGAAAAGCCUAUAAACGAAGGAACAAUUGAUAAACUCAGACUAGACGAUGUACCUAUAGAGACAAAACAGGAGCCAAACCGUAGUAAAGAUGACUCUGAUGAAAAGCAGACAAGCAAAGACGUGAAGUCUCAUGUCACAAGACCUGAACUAGGAGAGAUGACUGGAACGAUUAACAAACUUGAAACACAAGACACACAGGGGUGUGAAUCAGCUGAUGUGGCGCAUACAGCAAUAAGUCACUUUGUUCAGACAUUAAGUGAACAUCUGACGGUGGUUCAGGAUCUGAAAUUCCACCUGGACAACUUGCCUCCUAUCAGCGAUAGCUUGGAGACAUUAAAAAUACAACUUGAACAGCUUGAGUCAUUCGAGUCUAAGCUCACUACCUUCUCUGUAACAAUGAAAGAAGACGUCAAGUUGGCAGAGAAGCAGUUCUUAUUAUCUCCAACCGAUGACCUUCCAAGGCAGCAUCUUAAUAAGUUAAAAGGACAGUUGAAGAAUGACUUCGCCAUGGUUUGUGAGAUGUCUUCAGAUCGAGCAAAACUGAUCGCUUUGGCUGUAGACUCAGAGAUGUCUAAAUUAGCAGAAUCGCAUCAAGAACUUUUGAGCAGACUACAGUUGCUGUCCAAUUGGAUUACAAUAAACAAAGACAACAUGUCCUGUACGGUAAACACUAACAGCGUGGAUCUAAUAAAGCAAAGCUUGCAGUCUCUCAAGAGUGUAGGUAGACAACUGUCGGAACGAAAGAUUGAACUGGAGACAACAGCAUUUGAUGUCCAGUUCCUCAUAUCAGAGCAUGCCCAAGAUCUUUCCCCUAACCAAAGCAAACAGCUUUUGAGGCUCCUCAACACGACACAGAAAAGCUUUCACGAGGCUCAGAAGAAUAUUGCAACCCAGAUUGAAUCUCUAAAAAGUCUUUUAUUGGAAGCCCAAGAUUUGAGUGACCAGAAGGAUGCUGAAGUGCAGUUACAAGAGCACAAGGACAAGCUAGAGGAGAUCUGCGCUCUUCUCACGCAGACCGAGAACAGGCUCAUCGGCAAGCAAGACAUGUUUUGUGUACGCGAGAGCCCGACUGAGCUGCAGCAUUAUCAGAGUGAAUAUGAGGAGCUCCAAAAGGACAUGCAAGCUGGUGCCAGCGAAUUGGCUGAAAUUGUGAAAAACACAGAAAAAUUCCUCCAGGAUCAUGGAGAUAAACUUUCUAAAGAAGACAGAGCUCUCAUUGAGCAAAGACUCAAAGAGGCUAAAGCCAAAUUCGAGCUUCUCAGUAAGAGGGCAGAUGAAUCCAAAAAGGAGCUGGAAAAAGCUGUAACGACAGCUAUUAAAAAAGAAACAGAAAAGUCGGCUGCAGUCGAGCAACUUGAAGAAAGUAAAACUAAAAUAGUGGGCUUGCUGGAAUGGCUCUCACAUGUGGACAAAGACUCAAACAAUGGAAACAGUGUGAAAAGGCCAAAGACCCAGCAUAACGGGAUCCAUCACAAAGAUAGUGACCUCACGUCAUUACUUGGUGGUGUGGAGGAGGUGAACGGUAACCUAAUAGAGUCCGAUGGGAAAGAGAACUUUGUAAGUGCCCAGGAACAGGCCAAGGAAGAGGAUUUAAGCAGCCAGUAUCAGAAAGUGAAGGCGCAACAUGAGAAAAUCAUGUCCCAACACCAGGCGGUUAUAAUAGCCACACAGUCAGCCCAAGUCUUGCUUGAGAAGCAGGGCCGCCAUCUUGCUCCUGAGGAGAAGGAAAAGUUGCAGAAAGACAUUGAAGAAUUAAAAGCCCAAUAUGAGGCAACGUUGUUUGAUUCAGAGCGAAAAAUGAAGGCGAUACAGACUGUGCAAGAGGAGCUAGAAAAGUUCACAGGAGACUACAAUGAAUUUGAGAAUUGGCUUCACGAGUCUACAGGAGAACUAGAAGAUUUAGAAUCUGGGCCCGUGGACUUUGCGGGUAUCAUGGCCAAACUCCAAAGACAGAAAAGUUUUGCGGAAGAUGUUAUCUCUCACAAAGGGGACUUGCGUUACAUCACCAUUUCCGGACAGAGAGUACUGGAUGCCGCCAAGUCAUGCAGCAAAGACGACGUCACUGAAAACAACAAUAACAUUAGCGCUCUGGAAACCUGCAAAAUGGUGCAGAGCAAGCUGGACACGGCAGCAGAGAAUUUUAAGUCACUACACUCAAAGUGCAAUGUCUUGGGGAAUAACCUGAAAGAUUUAGUAGACAAAUACCAGCACUACAAGGAAGCAUCAUCCGAACUUCUGUCCGGGUUACAGAACUCAGAAGUAGCUGUAAACAAACGGUUAUCGGAGCCCAUUGCCUCUGACACCAGAACUUUGCAAAGGCAGCUGGAAGACGCAAAGAUGCUGUGUGAGCAGAUGGCCACCCAGCAAGCUGGGGUAGAGAAGCUUAAGAAGGCAGCAGAUGUGCUUCUGGAUACCAAAGGAGGUCUAUUACUAAACAACGAUGAAAUCCAGAAGCCACUUGACGAGAUUGCGGAAAAAUAUGAUAACGUAUCCCAGUCAUUGAAUGACUGGAAUGGGAAACUCCAGAUAACCCUCACUCGCUCACUUAGUGUCCAGGAUGGCUUGGAUGAAAUGUUAAACUGGAUGCAGGGGGUCGAACAUGAUUUGAAAGACCAACAGCAAGUGCCAUUAAAUUCUUCUGCCAUUCAGGAAAUCAUAUCAAAAAAUAAUCUGCUGGAACAAGACAUCUCCAGCCGCGAAAGCAGUAUUAGUGCGAUGAAUGAAAAAGUGAAUACGUUUAUGGAGACAGCAGAUCCAGCUACAGCCUCUUCUUUACGUGCAAAAAUGAGCGGGCUGUCUCAGCGCUUUAAUAAAGCUAGUGAAGAUACAAAGGAGCGCAUCGUGCAAAUGGAAUGCUUGAAGACCAAGGUGGAAUUAUUUGAGAAUCUGUCUGAAAAAGUCCAAGAAUUCCUAGACAAGAAAAUCCAAGACUUUACCGAGACAGAUGGUCCAGGAAAGGAUGUGACCGAGCUAUCUCAGUAUAUGCAGGAAACAAGCACUGAGUUGAUGGAGCAUAAGAAAAGCCUGGAAAGCUUACAGGAACUUGUUGAUGAGUUGUGCGUGUAUGGUGCUCCUGCAGACAAGGCAAUGGUUUUGGAAAAAGUAAACACAAUGUUGAGGAAAUACACAGAUCUGGAAGAGGCUGUUAAAACAAAGGAAGAAGAUGUGUCUUCUUGCCGAAAUCAGAUGGAUAUGUUUCAGGCUUUAGUCCAAUCUCUAAAGCAUUGGUUCAUAUCAGUAGAUAAAAGAAUGCCAGCUGCCUCACCGAGUCUUGGCGUGGAAGAGUUAUCUACUCAUCUGAAUGAGUGUAAGAACUUACAAGCAGAGUGGACCCAAAAGGCACCAGACGUACAAAAAGUCAAUAGCAAAGGGGCAGCAUUGUGUCACCUAAUAAGUGCAGUGACCUCACCUGCUAAAACCAGGGCAACAGGUAAAGCAGGUAGGACUGUCGUGAACGGGGCUGUGACCUCUGAUGCCAAGGACCAUUUAACUAAUAAAGAAUUGGCAACAGUAAAGAAGGAGGUAUCCGAUGUCAAUGAAGGCUAUGAGAAUGUGGGUGCUUUGUUAAAAGAGAAAGUGCAUGAUCUGGAAGCCAGACUUUCCCAAAUGAAGCAAGUCGAGGAAGAAACGGAGACGCUGAUGAAAUGGUUUCAGAAAAUGCAGGAGGUAGCCAAAGCUUGGGAGGCUCCAGCAGACAGCGAAGCGGUUCGAGCCCAGAUAGAAGAGCACAAGCGCUUUGCAGCAGAAGUACAGCAGAAUGGGGGUAGAGUGGACAUGCUGAAGGACAAACUAAAAGCCUUGCUAGAUGCUAAUCCAGAUGCACCAGAAUCCCACAAGUGGAAAGAACUACUGGAUAACAUAGAUUCCUUGUGGAGUGACAUCAGCCGCCUGACAGCUGAAAGGCAGCAGACGCUGGAGGAGUCUUCAAAUGAUAUCACCCAGUUCCAGACCGCGGAAAUUCAAUUAAAACAAUGGCUUGGGGAGAAGGAACUCAUGGCUAGUGUUCUAGGGCCCCUUUCAAUUGAUCCCAAUAUGCUGAAAACUCAAAAACAACAAGUUCAGAUUCUCCUGAAAGAGUUUGAUGCACGAAAGCAGCAGUACGAGCAACUGAAUACAGCUGGGCAGAAGAUACUGAACAGACCCGGUGACCUUCCUCCAUGCGAUGAAGCCAUCAAAGAUCAGCUGGCCACCGUCGCGUGUAAAUGGGAGACACUGACUGGUCAAUUAAAUGACAGGUGCAAUAGGAUUGACAAUGCUAUUGUGAAAAGCACCCAGUAUCAGGACCUUCUGAAAGGCCUGUCUGAUAAAUGUAGCACCUUGAACAACAGACUAUGCAGCAAUAUGACGGUCAGCGCCCACCCUGAUGCCGUGAUGCAGAAACUCAACACAGCCAGGGAAGUUCUGGCGGAUAUUAAGCAAGAAAUGAAAAAGAUUGAAAAUGCAAAAGUGUUAUGCGAAGAGCUGUCAGAGCUGGUUUCAGAGUCAUACUUGAAAGCUGAACUAAAUCGACAAAUGGAGACCAUUGUUAAACCAUUCAUGGAUUUGGAACAGAAAGCAGGUUUUCAUGUUGAACAGCUACAGUCAGCAUUCACUAGCUCUCAAAAAUUCCACCAAAUGUCUGAAGACUUCCAAUCGUGGAUUCAAACGAAGAAAAGGGAGCAAUCUGAAGCUGCACCUAUAUCCGCCAAGCUGGACACAUUGAAGUCUUUAAUCACAGAGCAGACAGCAAUAAGACAUGCCUUGGAUAACCAACUUAGUGCCUAUGAAAAUGUUGUAACAGAGGGGGAAAAUCUCUUACAAAAAACUGAUGGAGAAGAAAAAGCUAAACUUCAGUCCCAGCUUUCCCUGCUUAAGUGUGAUUGGGAAGACCUCAACAAGCGAACAUUAGCAAGGGAACAGAGUUUAAUUGAUUGCCAGCAGAAAGCUAUGAAAUACAAAGAGCUGGUAGAAAACAUACAGCCAUGGAUUGAGGAGAACCAAAAUAAACUGUCUGCGGUUAAGAUGUUCAUAGAUCCAGUUGCAAUAGAGAAUUCAAUUGGACAAGUGAAAGUUCUACAAAAGAAAGCUGAUAAGCAGCGUGGGGUGGUAGAGAUGUUAAACAGUGCAGCUGAUACAUUAUUAAGCUCCUGUCAAACGGAUAAAGAAAUCGUUAUAGAUGAGAAGGCGAGUAUAAACAAACAACUAGAAUCACUUGUUGAUGAUUUGCAUAAUAAGAGAGACUCGCUGGAGAAAAUGAUGCUGCGUCUUAAAGAUUAUCAAGAGUCUGUGAAGGACUCCGAAAGGCAUCUUACAGCUGCCCAGGAACACUUAGAUAUUCAUAAUUCACUUGGUGCCCAGGCCUGCAGUAACAAGCAUCUGACGGUAAUGCAGAGCCAGCAGAGGGCUCUCCAGAGCCUUAAACCACAAGUGGAGCAGUGUAUAAAACUGGCCCAGGAACUUGUUGUGGAAGCAUCUGAUGCUGAAGGUGUCUCUGACCUACUUUUGCAAGCAGACUCUCUUCAGCAAAAGCACAGUGACAUCAGUCAACAAGUAGACCAAACAUGUUCAUUUUUAGAAACCAAACUGCAAGGCAUCGGUCAUUUUCAAAACAGUAUUCGGGAGAUGUUCUCCCAGUUUGCAGAGUUGGAUGAUGAACUAGACAGUAUGUCACCAGUUGGAAGGGAUCGAGUUACUCUGCAGUUUCAGAAAGAAGACAUAAGUAAAUUCCUCAAAAAGCUAGGAGAUCUUAUAGAUAGUAAUGAGAAUGCCAACAAGACAUGUAAGAUGAUGCUGGCAACAGAAUCUUCUCCAGACCUUAUUGGCAUCAAAAGAGAUCUGGAGGCAUUAAAUAAGCAAUGCAACAAACUAUUGGACAGAGCGAAAUCCAGAGAAGAACAAAUUGAUGCCACCGUCACUAGAACUGACGAGUUCUAUACCACUUUAAAACAGUUUGUUGAUUUGCUUAAGGUGGUAGAGGAGCAUGAAGAAUCCCAAGGUCCAGUAGGAAUGGAAACGGAUGUUAUUAAUGAGCAGCUUAACAUUUUUAAGACUUUCCAGAAAGAAGAGAUUGAACCAUUGCAAGCGCGUUUGCAAGAGGUUAACUGGCUAGGCCAAGGACUCAUUCAAAGUGCUGGGAAAAACAUCAGCACCCAGAGCCUAGAACAGGACCUCGAAGAAGUGAACACAAGAUGGAACACCCUAAGCAAAAAGGUUGCACAGCGAGCAGCUCAGCUACAAGAAGCCCUCCUGCAUUGCGGCAGGUUUCAGGAUGCUCUGGAGUCCCUACUGAGCUGGCUCACGGACACAGAGGAGCUCGUGGCCAAUCAGAAACUGCCUUCUGCCGAGUUCAAAGUUGUCAAAGCCCAGAUUCAAGAGCAGAAGCUUCUUCAAAGAUUACUGGAUGAUCGUAAACCGACCAUUGACCUCAUAAAGCGAGAACGAGAAAAGAUUGCUGCCUCCUCAGACCAGGCUGAUAAGGAGAAGUUACUGAAGCAGCUGAGUGCUUUGGAGCUUAGAUGGGAUGAGUUACUGAAAAAAGCUGAGAUAAGGAAUCGGCAGCUGGACGGCAUUUUGGUUGUCGCAGAACACUUUCACAACACCUUGGAACCUUUGUGCGAAUGGCUCAGUGCCACAGAGAAGAAGUUAGCAAACUCUGAACCGAUCGGUACCCAGACACCUAAACUUCUUCAGCAGAUUUCCCAACAAAAAGUCUUUCAAGAAGACAUCACAGCUCAUAAUAAAGUUUUACACCAGUGUCUGAGCAUUGGGCAGUCUUUAAAGACUUUGAGUUCCAGGGACGAUAAAGAGAUGGUUCAGGAAAAAUUAGACACUUGCCAGGGAAGAUACGUGGAGAUCACGGAGAAAAGUAACAGGCGGUGUGAACUUCUGCAGCAGGCCCACUGCAAUGCUCAGAUAUUUGGCGAUGAUGAAGUGGAGCUCAUGAAUUGGCUAAACGAAGCGUAUGACAAGCUAAGCAAACUCUCAGUCCGUGAUUAUAAUAUCGGUGUGCUCACAAAGCAACACACCGAGCUGCUGCUCCUUCAGGAAGACAUAACUCUGAGAAAACAAAAUGUGGACCAGGCCAUCCAAAAUGGUUUGGAACUCCUGAAACAAACCACCGGUGAUGAAGUUGUCGUCAUUCAAGAAAAGCUGGAUGGAAUUAAGUCAAGAUAUUCCGAGAUCACAAAGUUAAGUUCAGAAGUGUCCAAGGUCCUUGAACAGGCUCUUCGUCUUUCCACCCAGUUCCACUCCACACAUGAGGAACUCUGCCAGUGGCUAGACAAGGUGGAAGAUCAGCUGAAGAAGUAUGAAGUAGGAAGCAAUACACCAGAGGAACUGAGCCUCAUUCAUGAAAGAAAAAAGGAGCUGAAACAUGAAGCAAAGUCUAAUAAGUCUUUGCUCGACUCCUUAAACGAAGUCAGCAGUGCUUUGUUGGAACUUGUGCCUUGGAGAGCGCGAGGAGGACUCGACCGGAUGGUAACGGAGGAUAAUGAGCGCUACCGAUUAGUAAAUGACACUGUAACACAAAUGGUUGAAGAGAUAGAUGCUGCCAGACUGAGAACUCAACAGUUUGAGCAAGCAGUUAGUGCAGAGCAGUCCUGGACCGAAGAAACUGAAAAUAAAAUGAUAGCCGCGGGUCACAUUGCCCUCGAGCAAGACCAGGCUGUAGCACAACUCCAGAUGCAAAAGGGAUUCGCAAUGGAAAUUUUAAGACACAAAGAUACCAUUGAUGAACUGAUUGCUUCAGGAGAGGAGGUUAUGAAUACAUUAAACGAAGAAGAAAAGCAGUCCAUGAAGAGCAAGCUGAGAAACCUGGUGAAGAAGUACGAUGACGUCUGUCACUUGAACGCUGAAAGGAGCCUUCAACUGGAACGAGCCGUAUCCUUAGUCAGUCAGUUUUGGGAGACCUGUGAGGAACUAUGGCCGUGGUUAAUGGAAACGGAGCGCGUCAUCUCCCAGCUUCCCGCACCGGCUCUGGAUUAUGACACUCUGAAAUAUCAACAAGAAGAGAUCCGGCAACUCCGUGAGCUCAUCGCUGAACACAAACCUCAUAUAGAUAAGAUGAAUAAAACUGGGCCGCAACUCCUAGAACUCAGCCCUGAAGAAGGCUUCCUCAUCGAAGAGAAAUAUGUGUCGGCCGACGCACUAUACUGUGACAUCAAAGAGGCUGUGAAGAAACGAGCUGUGGCCUUGGACGAAGCCAUUUCACAGUCCUCACAGUUUCAUGACAAGAUCGACCCGACACUUGAAAGCCUACAACGCAUAGCUGAACGCUUGAGGCAGCCACCUUCCAUCUCCGCAGAGUGCGAGAAGAUUAGAGAACAGAUCAGCGAUAAUAAAAAUGUGUCCGUAGAGCUGCAAAAGCUUCAGCCUGUCUAUGAAACGCUCAAGAUGCGCGGGGAGGAAAUGAUUGCUCGUUCAGAAGGUGCUGAUAAGGAUAUCUCAGCCAAAGCUGUCCAAGAUAAGCUUGACCAAAUGGUCUUUAUCUGGGAGGACAUCCAGGCUUUGACAGAGGAAAGAGAGGCCCAGUUGCUGGACGUUAUGGAGCUGGCAGAGAAGUUCUGGUGUGACCACAUUGCUUUAAUUGCCACCAUUAAGGACACCCAAGAUUUUAUCCGGGAACUUGAUGAACCCGGGGUUGAUCCUUCUGUAGUUAAACAGCAACAAGAAGCCGCGGAGGUAAUAAGAGAAGAAAUUGAUGGGUUACAAGAAGAACUGGAUAUCGUCAUUAACCUUGGGUCUGAGCUGACCAUUGCGUGUGGUGAACCUGACAAACCCGUCGUGAAUAAAAACAUAGAUGAGCUUAAUUCUGCCUGGGACACCCUAAAUAAAACCUGGAAUGAACGAGUGCAGAAGCUCGAGGAAGCUAUGCAGGCGGCAGUGAAGUUUCAAGAUGGCCUUCAGGCCCUGUUUGACUGGGUGGACAUCGCAACAGGGAAAGUAGACACGAUGCCGCCUAUUGGAACAGACUUAGAAACAGUGAAGCAGCAAAUUGUGGAGCUGAAGCAAUUCAAGACAGAUGCGUACCAACAGCAAAUAGAACUGGAAAGGUUGAAUCAUCAAAAAGAGCUGUUGCUGAAGAAAGUGACAGAGGAGAGCGAUAAGCAAGCUGUUGAAGAUUCCUUGAAAGAGCUCAAACUUUUAUGGCGAUCCCUUGAGGGUAAAAUUAUCAACCGACAGCACAAAUUGGAAGGCGCGCUCUUGGCUUUGGGACCCUUCCAGCACGCAUUAGACGAGCUGUUAACAUGGAUGACGCACACAGAAGGACUGCUAAGCGAGCAGAAACCCGUUGGCGGUGAUCCCAAGACAAUUGAGAUCGAACUCGCAAAACACCAUGUACUACAAAAUGAUGUCCUGGCACAUAAGUCCAGUGUAGAAACGGUCAUGAAGGCAGGCAAUGAUCUUAUUGAAUCUACUGGGGGGGAAGAAGCAAGCAGUUUACAGAGCAGGCUGGAGACUUUGGGCCAACGGUGGCAAAAGGUCCUGAGCAAAACAGAAGAGAGGAGGAAACAGCUGGACAGCGCACUUUUCCAGGCCCAAGGUUUGCACAGUGAAAUUGAAGAAAUGCAUCAAUGGCUGACAGACACUGAACGUCAUUUACUGACAUCCAAACCCGUUGGAGGGUUACCAGAAACCGCUCGCGAGCAGCUCAAUGCUCAUCUGGAACUAUAUGCUGCAUUUGAAGCUAAAGAAGGUCCAUACAGGAAUCUAGUGCUUAAAAGUCAACAGUUAAUGGAAAGGUGCAUGGAUGACCCGGAAGCAAAUGUAGAUCAAGAUAUAAACAACCUGAAAGAGAAAUGGGAAUCUGUUGAAACCAAGCUGAGUGAGAGAAAGACAAAAUUAGAAGAAGCUCUGGAAUCGGCAACAGGAUUUCAUAAUUCUCUCCAGGACUUUAUUAACUGGCUUACUCAAGCAGAGCAAACCCUGACUAUGGCUUCACCACCAAGCCUCGUACUUGAUACUGUACUGUUUCAGAUUGAUGAACACAAGGUGUUUGUGACAGAAGUGAAUGCACACAAGGAUCAGAUUAUGGAGCUAGACAAGACCGGGACUCACUUGAAGUACUUCAGUCAAAAGCAAGAUGUUGUUUUGAUUAAAAAUUUACUAAUCAGUGUGCAAAGCCGAUGGGAAAAUGUGGUACAGAGAUCACUGGAGCGAGGAAGGGCUUUGGACGAUGCACGUAAAAGGUCAAAACAGUUUCAGGAAGCUUUUGACAAACUAAUGGAAUGGCUUGAGGAAUCAGAAAUAUCCUUGGAUUCAGAACUUGAAAUUGCAAAUGACCCAGACAAGAUCAAGACACAAUUAACAAUGCAUAAGGAAUUUCAGAAAGCAUUAGGAGCUAAGCAUUCGGUUUAUGAUACCACCACGCGGAGUGGGCGAUCACUGAAAGAGAAAGCAACACUGGCAGAUGAUAUACAGAAACUGGAUGACAUGCUUAGUGAGAUAAGAGACAAAUGGGACACCGUCUGUGGGAAAUCUAUAGAAAGACAAAACAAAUUGGAGGAAGCACUUCUCUUCUCAGGCCAGUUCACGGACGCUCUGCAAGCUCUCAUUGACUGGCUGUACAGAGUAGAGCCCCAGCUGGCCGAAGAUCAGCCUGUGCACGGAGACAUUGAUGUAGUGAUGAACCUUAUAGAUAACCACAAGGUCUUCCAGAAGGAGUUGGGUAAGAGGAGCGGCAGCAUCCAGGCGCUGAAACGCUCUGCAAGAGAACUGGUGGAGGGGAGCCGGGACGACCCGUCUUGGGUGAAAGCCCAAAUGCAAGAAUUAAGCACUCGUUGGGAGACGGUCUGUGCCUUGUCUGUUGCCAAGCAGAUCCGUCUGGAAGAAGCUUUGCAUCAGGCAGAAGCAUUCCACUCGGCUGUGCAUGUUCUUCUGGAGUGGCUGGCAGAGGCGGAACAAGCCCUGAGAUUCCACGGACUUCUUCCUGAAGAUGAAGAGUCUCUGAGAUCACUCAUAGAGCAGCAUAAGGAAUUUAUGAGGAAAGUGGAAGAGAAGAGGGCAGAGUUGAAUAAAGGAGCAAGCAUGGGAGAGACAAUACUAGCAAUAUGUCACCCAGACUCCAUCACUACAAUCAAGCACUGGAUUACUAUCAUCAAGGCCCGAUUUGAAGAGGUUCUAACGUGGGCAAAGCAACAUCAACAGAGGCUGGCAGUAGCUUUGGAAGAUUUAAUUACCAAGAAGGAGCUGCUUGAAUCUUUGCUGUCAUGGUUACAGUGGGCUGAAACAACACUCAAUGAUAAAGACAAAGAAGAAAUCCCUGAGGAGGUUGAUGAGGUUAAAGCUUUGAUUGCGGAACAUCAGACUUUUAUGGAAGAAAUGACUAGGAAGCAGCCAGAUGUAGAUAAAGUCACAAAGACAUACAAAAGGAAAGCAGUGGAGACUACGUCUCAGUCUCAAAUCCCUAUCUUGGAUAAGGGAAGAACAGGCCGAAAACGAUCACCAACACCCAACUUGUAUCCAUCAGGAGCGCAAACACACCUUGAAACCAAGAACCCAAGGGUUAAUUUACUAGUGAGCAAAUGGCAACAAGUGUGGCUUUUGGCACUAGAGCGAAGGAGGAACCUCAAUGACGCUUUGGAUAGGCUGGAAGAGCUAAAGGAAUUCGCCAACUUCGAUUUUGAUGUUUGGAGAAAGAAAUAUAUGAGAUGGAUGAACCAUAAAAAAUCCCGCGUGAUGGACUUCUUCAGGAGGAUAGAUAAAGACCAAGAUGGGAAGAUAACAAGACAAGAGUUCAUCGAAGGAAUCCUGUCCUCAAAGUUCCCAACCAGCCGCUUAGAGAUGAGUGCUGUAGCAGAUAUCUUUGACCGUGAUGGCGAUGGAUAUAUUGACUAUUAUGAGUUUGUGGCAGCUCUUCAUCCAAACAAAGAUGCAUACAAGCCGAUCACUGAUGCUGACAAAAUUGAAGAUGAGGUGACACGACAAGUAGCUAAGUGUAAGUGCGCCAAGAGAUUCCAAGUGGAACAGAUUGGAGAAAAUAAGUACAGGUUCUUCCUGGGAAAUCAGUUUGGUGAUUCCCAACAACUUCGUCUCGUACGCAUUUUGAGAAGCACUGUGAUGGUUCGGGUUGGCGGCGGCUGGAUGGCGCUUGAUGAAUUUUUGGUGAAAAAUGACCCGUGUAGAGUUCAUCAUCAUGGAAGUAAAAUGUUACGUUCGGAAUCAAACUCUUCAAUUACUACUCAGCCUCUUAUAGCUAAAGGAAGGACAAAUAUGGAGCUACGUGAGAAGUUUAUGUUGCCUGAAGGAGUUAGUCAGAGUAUGACUCCGUUCCGGCCAAAGGGUCGCAGAUCUCGACCAUCUUCACGAGGGGCAUCACCCAACAGAUCUAGUUCAAGUCCAAUCAUCCAGGCCAAUUCAUCACAGGCUACUGGUAUCACUACACCCAAGACACCUAUCCACUUAACACGCAAUUAUGGUAAACCUUGGUUGACAAACAGCAAAACAUCAACUCCUUGUAAGAGUCCAGAGUCCCCAGAAUCACAGCUCUCAUCUUCAGAGGGAACUCCUAUCCAAGGAAGUAAAUUAAGGCUUCCAGGAUAUCUAUCAGGGAAAGGAUUUCACUCCACAGAGGACAACAGUAUAUUAACCACCGCAGCCACCAAAGUUAGGACACAGUUUGCUGAUCUCAAAAGAACAGGAGGUCGAACUGGAAGCAAGGCCGGAAGCAGGUCGAGCAGUCGGCGGGGCAGUGACGCUUCUGACUUUGAUAUCUCAGAAAUCCAGUCUGUAUGUUCAGAGAUGUCAGAGACUGUCCACAGCAGUGGAAGGCCCUCUCCCCGAGCAAGUUCACGUUCUUCCACUGGCAAACCUUCCAAAAUCCCAACGCCACAGCGGCGGUCACCCAUGAGCAAAUUAAACCAGUCAACAAAAAGAUAGGGAGGGGGACAUGUUCAGGAGAGUUCUUUCAUUGUUCAUUGCCUAUUUAAGUUUGUAAGAUGUAAAAUAUUAUGUAGAAAUUAUUGUGGAAUAAUGCGAGCGUUUGAUUUUAACCCUGCAGAUGGCCUUAAAUGUGUUUUAGUCAUGUUUUUUACAUAUAUUUUUAUCAACAAUAUUUGUUUGUCUUAUACUUUGAAAAAACAAGCAAGGGAGAUUACAUUAAAUUAACAUGUACGCUCAUAUGUGGCAAACAUACACUAAAACAGUUGUUGAAUGUAUUUAUGAUUCUCUGCAAGCUGGAAGCAAAUACAGUAUAUGCCAAACACACUCCAUUAGUUACAGAUUAAGAAUACCUCAUUAUUAUUUAUAAUACUGCAAAACGGUAAUCGUACGAAGCAAGCUUAAAAGAACACUACAGAUUCUGCAUUCACUUGAGUAUCAUAACACUGAAUGCCUGUAUGUAGGUUAAAAUCCUUUGGGUACAGAAUUGGCUUUCAUUGUUGGCCGCUUAAAACCUUCACAGCUUCGAAGCCAGAGGAAUGAGCAUCUUUCAUUCCUCUGGCACUGGAAGGGUUAAGUUCAGAGGCCUCAGAGACGGUUCUUUGGUCACUUGCCAGAAAUGCAGUUUUUGUGGUUUCAUUUAAAAUUUUGGCUGUGAGAUUCCGUCUACUAGAACUCUGUAACACUUUCCAGAUCAUCGCAUCAAGUUCAUAGGCGCAGUUUUAUUUUGCUUGAGUGGAUGGUGUCAUCGACCAGUUGAAUUUCUUUUGUAUGAAAUCAAGUUUUGCUUGCGAAAAUGUAUGAAAUAAAACUUGUCCAGCUCUGGUUGCCAAGUGGAUAAA